AUGGCUGAAAGAGCCAAGCGCAACCUGCCGUACGGUCACUUCGGACAGGUAGCAUAUUCUCUGGAAGAUGAAGAAUGGUCUUUUGAGCGUGUCUCUACGCCUCCCCAGAUCGUCCGUUCUUGUGGACCUCCAAACCAUGUCUAUCAGCCAUCUGAUAGGGAGCAAUUGAAAAAUGUUCCUGUACGCGCUGAACCUCAGGGCCAACGUAUGCGUAGGCAGACGAAGGAUCUCCUCGAGCAUGUUCCUGAAUUACAGCCAGCAGCGGGCCUUCUUACGGAAUUGUUGCGAGUCUCAGAGGCUACACAGGAGGCCGUCUUGAACCACGACAGUACCACUGGAAGGCUUAUCGCAACUAGCAGCAUUCGCUCCGAAAUCCAGCACAAAUCCAUGCGCAUCGCAGCUUUGGCGUGUGGCGAGAGUAGGACAGAGUUGCGCUUGAUCCAUGUCCAGAAUCGAAGACGAGGCUUAUCGCACAACCACAAAAGCUGGGUCGCGGUCCCCACUCUCUACGGCGAGGAGACCGUGUGCACGAAAUUCGACGGACCUGUUCAACAAGUUGUUUUCGCGGAGCCAGUCGAUCGAGGAGAGCCACUGCUGGGCGUUCGCCUUCUCACGAAGACACUCAUUUUCCGUCCAACUCAUGGCACACGUAAAAGUGCGGAACAAGAAGUAUCUUCGAACAUCCAGCCCAACUUGAUGUACGACGUGGAUAUCAAGUCUACUGGCAAUCUAGCGCACGCCGAUGUAGCCUUCAACCCUUGGUUUUCUCAGCAAAUAGCUUUGGUUGAUCAAAGCGGUUCGUGGACGGUAAUGGAGUUUCAGUCUCGCAAGCUCUCUCGUGUCGCGCGCACAUGGACGGGUGCCGUAAAGGCCAGCUCUCUCAGCGAUGGAUGGGCGCGCAUCGCUUGGCUGUUCAAUCUGGAAAUCAUAGCAGUGUGCACUCGGGAUACUAUCACACUAAUCAGUAUUGCUGGCCAGAAUAGUGCCCGGCUGCAUACUGUUGCGCCGGAUAUCGCGAGUGGUCCGCCAUGGAUACUGGACUUUGCCGUUCUACCUGGUCAGAUGGACAAAUUUGCAGUUCUGACUACGAACAAUCUUCUCGUGUAUCGAGUCGCGAGCUCAGGAUCACAUGGAGUACAAGUGGAGAACAUCGCCACAAUAGAACAUUUCCGCAAUCCCGAAGCUACAGACAUGCGGAUGAGCAUCUGGUGUUUCGAUGAGGGUGUAAACGUGUUAUUAUAUCCACGCACGGGUGGUGUUGCAACUUUGUAUGGUCUCAACACAUCAGCACAAGCGACUUUUCACAUCAUCGAUCCGAUCGAGGUACGACUAAAGCGACACAGCACCUCGUCAACAAUUGUAGACAUGCAUGUUACUCCAAUUACCUCAAGCGGAGGCGGGAUACUCAACGAAGAGCAAGGCCAAACGGAGUUCUUCCUAGCUACAAUUGUGCUUAGCGACGACACGGUCCUGGAGCGAAUCUUCUAUCGGUCGCGCCGCAACGCCGUCAAACAGGAGUAUGUGACAACUUGGGAGACUAAGCUGAACGCUACUGGUGCGAAAGUGAAGCAAAUCGGGUUUGCAGGCGCUAUCGAAGGCGACAGCGUUGUCCAUGACGAACACGUGCAGGAACGACCUGUAUCGAGACGCGCGAGACGAAUCGCCCCGAGACGCGAGCCAGAGGACAGAGGAAUUGACCUGAGCCGUGUCGCGAAGGAUUUCGAUGUCCACCAAGAAUUCAUCUCUGUGGCUCAUGUUGUGGGCGAGGCGAAGUCUGCAUUCCGCACCGAAGAAGACACAAUACUGCCUAUGCGUACCUUGGACAGCUUUCAAGAUACCGAAUCGAUCAGCGUCGCGAACCCUGGGGCAGGCGAGAGCUUGGAUGAGGUGCAGUACCUGCUUUCUGAGUCCAUUCACGUACGCGAUUCAUCCGAUGAUGCAUUCACACCAGAACAGCGCCUGCGAAUUAGUCCUAUCAUGGCUAGGUUGCCCAUCGAUUUUCCACCGGAACUCCACGCUCAUUCGCUCCCCGAGAUGUACAACGCGAUUAUGAGUUGCUGGCUUGCAGGUCUUGCAGAUGAUGUACCAGGACGCGUGCGUCUUGCAAAAGCAGCAGUCGCACGUCACGUCACGACACAACUAGCUUUGGCGAGCCGAGUCGCUCACGCAGAUGAGGGAGAACCUCAGGCUUCAGCUCGUGGCCGCGAGGAACAGUAUUCCGGAACGGCGGCAUUGUCGAGGCUGCCGAUCAGAGCACCACUCAGUGCCAACAGAGAAGGCUCUGCACAGCCAAUGGAUCUUGCAGGAUCGUCACAAUUCUCAACGCUACCCACUCCAUCGCCAACAGCUACACCUUCCGUGGUCACAAUGUCGACAGGUCUUUCGAGCUUCGCGGCACCCGAGAUAUUCCGCCUCUGCAAAUACACCACAUUCAGUAAGCCAUCUCCGUCGGUCUUGUCUCGCCCAAUGAGCAAGAUUCUAUCCCAUUGGAACGUAGGAGAUUCGCCAGCCGAAUAUGACUGGCAGAGUACUUCUAAGCACGUUCAGCGCGAUGACGAGGACGAAGACGACGCCGAAGAAAUGUCAGAGAGGGAUAGAAAACGCCUCCAGCGACGUGCAGAGAGGCACAUAAAGCGCCAGCGCCGGGAAGCUGCAGCGAGUCAAGCGCAGCAGAUGGCAAGCAGUCAAGCGCCCGAGAUUCUGACUGCGAGCCAGCCAGCUGCGAUGGUGACCGAGAGUCAGCCUAUGGUCAUGAGCAGCCAACCGUCUGCACCUCGUGUUGCUGUUGCUAGUCAGGUCGUACCAGGACGUUUUGGAGGUAGGCCAGCGAAGAAGAAACGGAAGUCUGGAUUUUAG